CGGUCUGGGCUGGGCUAGCAGCGCUAGGACCCCCGGGCGCAGCCUUGGGGAUGUGAGUGCGGGGGGAGGGGAAGGGGGAAUGCCUUUCGUGGUUUCUCCCGGCUGUCACCCGCCACCCAAAAAUAGCCCCCGGCGCCCAGCCUCCGGCCUCGUGGCCAAGACAUGGCUGCUGCCUCGGAGCCGGUGCAGUCCGAUGCGCCCUGGGGACCUGCGCGCCCAGAGCCGCCUCCCACCCGCUUCCACCAGGUGCACGGCGCCAACAUUCGCGUGGACCCCUCCGGGACGCGGGCCACGCGCGUGGAGAGCUUCGCCCACGGCGUGUGUUUCAGUCGUGAGCCCCUGGCCCCGGGCCAGGUGUUCCUGGUGGAGAUUGAAGAGAAAGAGCUGGGCUGGUGCGGGCAUCUGCGCCUGGGCCUGACUGCGCUGGACCCUGCCAGUCUGGCCGUGGUGCCCGAGUUCUCGCUGCCCGAUCUGGUCAGCCUUGGCCACACCUGGGUCUUCGCCAUUACACGCCACCACAAUCGUGUGCCCCGGGAAGGCCAGUCUGGGGUUGAGGUGGUGGCUCCCAGCCGACCCCCAAUCCUGGUGGAGCCUUAUCUGCGCAUUGAGCAGUUUCGCAUUCCGCGGGACCGUCUGGUGGGCCGCAGCCGGCCCGGGCUCUACAGCCACCUGUUGGAUCAGCUCUAUGAGCUGAACGUGCUGCCUCCCACAGCGCGCCGCAGUCGCCUGGGCGUCCUCUUCUGCCCACGCCGGGAUGGCACCGCCGACAUGCACAUCGUCAUCAACGGUGAGGACAUGGGUCCCAGCGCCAGGGGGCUGCCGGCUGCCCAGCCCCUCUACGCGGUGGUGGACGUGUUUGCCUCCACCAAGAGUGUGCGCCUGGUCCAGCUCGAAUAUGGCCUGCCGUCCCUGCAGACGCUGUGCCGCCUGGUGAUCCAGAGGAGUGUGGUGCACCGGCUGGCCAUCGAUGGGCUCCACUUGCCCAAGGGACUCAAGGACUUCUGCAAGUAUGAGUGAAGGCCUGCAGGAGGAAGCUGCUGAGCAUGUGGCUGCUGGCCCAGAAAUAAGCACGGCCAAUGCUGAUGCUCUCUGAUCCUUGCAGGAUCUCCUUGCCCCUGUAACUCAUGAGAGGCACUUCUAGAAUCUUCUAGAAUCCAUGUGGGUUGGCAGGUCAGAGCUAGAGAGCAUUUUGUUGUUGUUGUUGUUGUUGUUAAAGUUUAUUUAUUUAUUUGAAAGGCAAAGUUAAAGAGAAAGGAGAGACAGAGAGAUCUUCCAUCUACUGGUUUACUUCCCAAAUGAGUACAAUGGCUAGAACUGGGCCAGUCUGAGGCCAGAAGCCAGGAGCUUCAUCUGGUCUUCCAUGUUGAUGCAGGGGCCCAAGGACUUGAGCCAUCUUGCAUUGCUUUCCCAGGCACAUCAGCAGGAAGUUGAAUCGGAAGUAGAGUAGCUGGGACUCCAACUAGUGCUCAUCUGGAAUGCUGGGGCUGUAGGCGGCUCCUUUACCGGCUACCCCACAGCACUGGCCCCAAGAGCUGUUCAGACAUCAUCCAGGCCAGUGGUUCCUGACCUGGCCACUCUCAUUAGCCUGGUAGAAAAUUCAGAAUGCCAAUGCCAGGCCUCAUCCCAAGAUUCUUUUAAUUUAUUGAGGGAUUGGGCCUUGAGUCGAGAAGCAUUUUUCUAGAACAGAAGUUUCAGUUCAGGCACACACAGUCAUCUCCCAGGAAUCUCAGCACCUGGGGGCUGGUGUUGUGGCACAGUUUCUCAGGCCACCACCACCUGCAAUGCCCACAUCUCAUUUGGAUGUCAUUUUGAGUUCUGGCUGUUCCACUUCCAAUCUAGUUCCCUGCUAAUGCACCCAAGAAGCACUAGAAAUUGGCCCAAGGGCUUGGACUUCUGCACCCACUUAGGACAUCCAGAUGAAGUUCCAGAUUCCUGGCUUCCACCUGGAACAACCCUGGCUGUUGUGACCACUUGGGAUGUGACCCAGCAUCUCUGCUUUUUAAUGAACAAAUAAAUAGAGACAUGGAUAAAUAAA